AUGGCAUCGACGGACCGUGAUGCAUUGGUCGCCCUUUACAACGCGACCGAGGGGGGACGCUGGAGUACAAACAGAAACUGGAAUACUGGUGCCCCCCUCUCGCAAUGGCACGGAGUCCAUGUCAACGACCAAGGUCGCGUGGUGGCACUUGAACUGGCCGAAAACAACCUGCAAGGUAUUUUUAUCAUGUUCACUUAAUCCGUAGAGCCUGUUGCCGUCGUGCAAUAUGCUCGACCUUUCCUGAGAAUUCCUUGACCGAUAGUGGCCCUUUCAUAAAGUUGCAAGUUUUACAACAGGCUACGACGUUUCAAUUUCGUACGUACCCUCGUUCUGCAUGCGGUCCACGCCUGAGUAUCCUCGUACGUCAACUCGCCACAGUAAGAGCAUGCCGUGCGCACAAUGCUGCUAUUCUCGUCAAGGCCAAUCGAUACCGCAAUGUUUCAUCUCAUUACACAUCCUCCACCUGUACACCAAAUCGACUUUCCUGGCUUUUAGAUGCCUCUGCUGGCACGGUGUAAGGAUCUGCAGUCCUCCAAGAUGCCCUAGCUCGAGUGGGAUGGGGACCGCAGUCCAAGUAUUUCGCACAAUUUUUCAGGGAGUGGGGCGUUCAAAAGCAACAAGCGGGAAAUAAGUAAAGAAACAACCCGCUGCCUUAUUUUCGAGACAACUGGUCUCCGUGGAUCUUGUCCCGCCCAACUAG